AGCAAGCACACGUGUCGGACGAGGUCCGCCUGAACAACCUAGAGGACCAGGUCUCGAUGAUGCUCAGUCAGUUCGGUGUCCAAACCGUGCCUCCCCACACCUCCCAUGCAAGCCAAUCUGCCACCCUUGGUGCAGCCGCCUGCACUAGAUCUACCGAGCCAGCGCAAGAUCCACUGGUUCCAGUCACCUCGCUAUGCGCCUGCCUACCGUGAGCCGAGAUCAGGCAAAGAUGUGGUCCUCCUCGAUGACGACUCGAGUGGGGCUGAUAACCUAGGGGAUACGGACCACUACAACAUAUACCGCUCUCCACGUCUCAUGGCCGGUGACAGCAACAUGUCUGAGUACUUUGUUUCGGGUAGCAGCGCCAGGUUGCAUCGGAAGCUAACCACAGCUAGUAUUGUGUCGACUGCGGUUGGGAGCACCUCAUCUACAUUGCACGAUGGAGCGAAUGCGUCGCCCCGUAUGACUCGUGCUUACCGCCAGCUGCCACAGCAGCGCAUCCCAGCAUUUCCACAUACCUCUAGUCCACACCUCACUGCGGGAGCUAAUGCGACCACCGAAAGACCCAUGUGUCCAUAUUGCCGCAGCCUCAACACCCCAUGCAAUCAGUUGCACUCGAUCCUCGAGCGCCUUGACCAGACCGAUGUUUAUGUGAAGAAUGUUGCACGGCAUGCGACAGUCGUCGAUGCCUUGCUUGCCGAUCUGCGCGCCCAAUCUAGCGUAUUAGCAGAGACGCUUGCCUCGUCGCAAGCCCGUGCAUCGAGUCUUAGCCAGACUGUCACCGACGCGAUCGACCGCGCUUCACAGAACUUGCGUCGUCGCUCGGCCUCCCACGCCACUGCCCCGCAGACUACAUCGGUCCACGGACCCGAGUCGGUAUCGACUAUGCGCAGCCGACUGGACAAUUACCGCACGCUGUCAAAGAAGGCACGCGACCUUGAUCUGCGCAGCCAGCUCAUGGCCACAGUGGUCGAGGCACGAACGCACCAGGAGGAAACCGGCCGGAGCUUUCGUGUAGAGAACGACAAGAGCGCCCACCUGUACUCGUGGAUCCAGGAUGCAGUGGCUAUCUCAGCACACGCAACAUCAGCGUCAGAGGCAGAAUUCCCGGAUGGCCCGGUGCGCAGACGCCGCACUUUGGCAACGCUGGGCGAGGCUGCGUUUGACCAACCCGCGCCGAUGUCGCCGAGAGAGCCCGUGUCGUCGCGGGCGUCAACAGGAUCGCGGGCAAACCGGAAACCGAGGCGCAGCGGCGGAAAGCACCAUCGCCACCACCGUCGCCCCAUCCAGCCGAUCCCAGUGCGGGCGCAGAGGAUCGGCGAGCAGUGGGAGCAGCUGCAGGCGCUCAUGGACGAGAUGAUGCUGGAUGACCAGAAUGAGCAGGUAGCAGCAGCAGAGCCCGCGUAUGACCGAGAGCUUGCUGCCGGCAUCGCUGCAGAUGGACUGAAGCUCGUGCAGCGUGUGCUCAAAUCCACGCUCGAAUCGCUUGACAAAGUCAAAGCGCAGGGCAGCCCUGUCCAGGAACCCGCCUGCGAGAAUGCUGAAAUCCCUGCUAUGUAACAUCCAUAUUGCUGCAACCCCUUUAGACAAAUAUACAACGCAUUUCGCUCAAGUACAUUUCCCAAAAC